AUGGGGACUUACAUAGCAUGCCUUUACUUAGGAUUUGGGAAGUGUACCUUUUGUAGUCGACAUCAGCAAUCCGAGUUUGAGAGUGUCGAAAGCUUUGUCUUCGCUGGCCAUGGCUCCAUAUGUCUGAAUCACGCGGCCUUUGUCGGCGUUGACAGAAAGCGAAGGCGCGACCCUCCAUUCCGUCAGGUUGGCACCGAUCGGCCAUGUCUUGGAAAUGACGACGAGCUUCAUCUCAUCGAAAGUGGGCUGAAACAGAGCUUGUUCCGGGGAAGUUGCGUCGCGGAGGUCUCCGGAGAAGAGUUGAAAUUCCAAUUCAUAGAUAUGAAAAUUAAUUAG